AUGGCAGCGAAAUCCGAUGGUCGCGGGGUCGUCACCGGUUUCGCCCAGCUGCACAACCUGGACGAGGUGGUGGGGACGGGAGAGGACGACACUCGGAACGGCAGCUCAUUCCACAUCUGCCACUGCUGCAACACCUCGUCGUGCUACUGGGGCUGCCGGAGCGCCUGCCUGCAUUACCUCCGGGGGAAGGGGAAGGGGAAGGGGAAAGAUGCGGCGCGGCCACCGCAGGAGGAGCGCCUCUGGCUGGACUGCCUAUGGAUCAUCCUGGCACUGCUGGUCUUCUUCUGGGACGUGGGGACCGAUUUGUGGCUGGCCAUCGACUAUUACCACAAGCAGGACUUCCUGUGGUCAGGCCUGACCCUGUUCUUCGUGCUGGUGCCCUCGGUUCUGGUCCAGAUCCUGAGCUUCAGGUGGUUUGUGCAGGAUUACACUGGGGGCGGACUGGGCUCCGUGGAGGGGCUGAGUAGUCGUAGAGCUACAGCCUGUCUGCAAAGAGACAGGUGCUGCCGCCUCUCUGUCUGGGUCUGGCAGACUGUCAUACACAUCUUUCAGAUGGGACAAGUGUGGAGGUACAUCCGCACCAUGUACCUCGGCAUACAAAGUCACCGGCAGAAGGAGAACCAGCGGCGUUUUUACUGGGCUAUGAUGUACGAGUAUGCCGAUGUCAACAUGCUGCGACUGCUGGAGACCUUCUUAGAAAGCGCCCCUCAACUGGUGCUCCAGCUCUGCAUCAUGAUCCAGAGCAACAAGGCUGAGUGGCUGCAGUGUUUUUCUGCCAUGUCCUCCCUCCUGUCCCUGGCCUGGGUGCUAGCCUCUUACCACAAACUACUGCGUGAUUCACGUGACGACAAGAAGAGCAUGAGUUACAGAGGCGCCCUGGUGCAUCUGUUCUGGCGCCUUUUCACCAUCUCUUCACGGGUGCUCUCCUUUGCCCUAUUUGCCUCCGUUUUCCACAUCUACUUUGGCAUUUUUGUGGUGCUCCACUGGUGUGCCAUGGCUUUCUGGGUCAUCCAUGGUGGCACCGACUUCUGCAUGUCCAAGUGGGAGGAGGUACUGUUCAACAUGGUGGUGGGCGUGGUCUAUGUCUUCUGUUGGUUCAAUGUACGUGAAGGCCGGACGCGGUACAGAAUGGUGGCCUAUUACACUGUAGUACUGUUAGAGAACGCCAUCCUCAGCUCCCUUUGGUAUGCAUACCGCGACCCAGCCACCACUGACGCCUAUGCCUCUUUUGCCCUCUGUGGCGUCUUCCUGUGCUUUGCCUCAGGUGUGGUCUGUAUGGUUCUCUAUUACGGGGUCCUACACCCCAUGGGCCCACGACUGAGGGUGCUGGCCAGCUCCUGCUGUGCUGAGCUGCUGUGGGGCCUUCCAUUACCCCCCGAGGCCGAGCCCAUGGCUCCCACACCAGGCCCCCGUGGCUCUCAGGCCACCCCCACACGGGGUCUGGCAGGGGAACAUGUGGAGUCAGACGAAACAGCCACGGACACCUGCCUUCCGGUUUUCCAGGUGAGGUCCACAGAGCCUGUGGAUGCAGCUGGCAGGCCCAUCCGGCCUGAGGGUCCUCUCAUCAAGAUAGACAUGCCCAGAAAACGCUACCCAGCCUGGGAUGCACACUUUGUGGAUCGGCGCCUGCGCAGGACCAUAAAUGUGCUGCAGUAUAUUAGCCCUAAUGCGGUGGGCAUCAGGUAUAGGGACGGUCCGCUUCUUUAUGAACUCCUGCAGUACGAGUCCUCCCUCUGA